AAAAUGGCGACAUCGAUUGAGAGUCAUGUCGUUGAUAUAACUACAUGUGGGAUUUGUCUGGAGAAAUUUAACAUUCCAAAGUAUUUACCAUGCUUACAUACAUUUUGCGAACGUUGCAUUCAGACGUAUAUAUCUUCCAAAUUUGAGAAAAGACAUACGCAAAGUAUUCAUUGUCCGGUAUGUAGGACCAAUGUAACUUCACCGAAUGAAAACUAUUCUUCUGAGGAAUGGGCUAAAGCAUUACCGCUAAAUUUUCUCAUUGCUGGGUUAUUACAGAGGGAAAAGGUGGAAAGUCCGCAAAAACAGUGCAUGGUAUGUGAACGAAUGGAAAAUAAAUCGGAUGCCAUCUUCAUAUGUUUUGAUUGCUCUGAUUUGUUGUGUGAUAACUGUUGCAAACAUCACAAGGCGAACAAAUAUACAGCGGACCAUGAAAUCAAUCCAAUUGAACAGCUUACAUCAGACAUUCAUUUAUUAAAAUCUUUUAGAAACAAAUGUUCUGAACAUAAGGGAAAAGACCUUGAGCUUUAUUGUGUCGAUCACGAGAUUCCCUGUUGUUCGAUGUGUGUAUCGAUCUAUCAUCGCAAGUGUGAAAAAGUUCUAUCUAUAGAGGAUGCUGCUCGAGAUUACAACGGAGCAGAGAAGGUAAAGGAUUUGAGAACCCAGCUCGAAAAAGUAGAAGAUGAUAUUAAAGACUUAAUUAAAGAUCGCCAGUCUGCUAUGGACAAGUUAGAAAGUCAGUAUAGGGGUCAGAAAAAGAAACUUGAUAAUGUUUUCAGUGAGCUUGUUUCUAAGAUAAAUGAUCUCAAAGUUCGAAGAGAGACAGAACUUUUGAAAAUAUACGAUGAGGCAAAAGAAAAUAUUGAUAUGAUUAAAUUGAUCUUUACAAAUAAAAAGAAAAAUAUAGAAAACGAGAAACAAAUUCUUGACGCAUGCACGAGUAAGGCAUCCGAUGUUCAAGUCAUGGUAGAAGUCAAGAGAUUAAAGCGACAUCUAGAGGAACAUAAGAAAAUUAUACAAAGUAAAGCUGACGAAAUCGUUGAUUAUAAACUUUCUUUUCAAAAUGAAAAUAUUUCUGAUUUGCUUGUAAGAACAGAAAGUUCAUGCAAAAUUUCGAUGGAUAAGACAAAAACUGUUACAAGAACAGGAUCCACAAAAUUGUCAGAGAUAUAUAGUUGUAAUCGUUUAAUGUUAAAUGCAUCUUGUUGGGAUGUUAAUGGAGACAACGAUGCUAUAUGUUUUCGAGUGUCUAAAGAAAUUGAACUGUGCGGAAUUCUAUCUUUUGUAUGUAAAGAUGGCGCAUCAACAUGUAACCUGACUGCUUUUGUUAAAGAUGAUUCAGAUCAAGAUCUGGUUGUAGUGUCGGAUACAAUUGACAGUAAAUUAGCCGAGAACAAACAUGUCAAGGUCCAUUUUCUGAAACCCGUUAAACUAUUAGCUAAUAAAAAGUACCAUGCUAUUGUAGUGAUGACAGGUCCACAAUGUUAUUCUGGCAGAAAUGGGACAACUGAAGUAGACAGCAACGGUGUACGUUUUACGUUUGAAAAAUCUCAAUUUGAUAACAAUGGGACAUCUACCACUGGAGGUCAAAUUCCUGGUUUUUUGUUUAGAAUUCUUCUGUAAAUGUAAUCUUUACUCAGAAACUUUAUUAUUCUUAAAAGAAAUGUAAUGGUUUUUUUUUCAAUGUGUGAUAUGACGCUGAAUAUAACAUAGUGUAUAGCCGCCUUUUGUUGAUAAUGUUCAACGCUUUCUACACACAUAAAACUACAAGUAGAAUAAAAACGGAUCAAAGUAUAA